ACUCCAGGACCAGGACCGGCCAUGCUGCUUUCUGUCCUGCUGCGUCCGUCCCUCCCCCCCCCCCACGUCUCCACACUGUUGUCACGAUGCGUCCGGACGUGGCGGUGUGACGCCGGCAGGACGCUGCACGCUCAGACUGAACACUUCCUGCGGCCGAGGCUUCCGCCGCGCCUCCACAGCCGAGGAGUCAAGAGCAGAGGCAGGAAGAGCCGGGGACAGGAGGACGACUGGAAGAGCAGGAACAAGACGGUGCUGACGUACAUCGCUGCCGCCGGCGUGGGGAUGAUCGGCCUGUCGUACGCAUCGGUGCCGCUGUACAGACUCUACUGUCAGGCGGCCGGGCUCGGCGGCACGGCGGUGGCCGGCCACGACACGAGUUUGGUGGAGACGAUGACGCCAGUGAAGGAGCGUGUCCUCAAGAUCACCUUCAACGCCGACACACACGCCAGCAUCCAGUGGAACUUCCGCCCGCAGCAGACGGAGAUCUUUGUGGUUCCAGGGGAGACGGCGCUGGCUUUCUACCGAGCCAAGAACCCCACAGACAAACCCAUCAUCGGCAUCUCCACCUACAACGUGGUUCCCUUCGAGGCGGGACAAUACUUCAACAAGAUCCAGUGUUUCUGCUUCGAGGAGCAGCGGCUGAACCCACACGAGGAGGUGGACAUGCCCGUCUUCUUCUACAUCGACCCGGAGUUUGACGAGGACCCGAGGAUGGCCCGAGUGAGCACCAUCACCCUCUCUUACACCUUCUUCGAGGCCAAGGAGGGCGACAGACUCCCUCUGCCCGGGUACAGCUACAAGUGAGCCCGCGCCCCCCCGCAGUGAGACCUGAACCAGGACUCCUUUCCACCAAAGCUUCAACCAGAGACUCUGAUCAGAGACGACCACGCGUCUCCACUUCCUCCAGAAAUGAAGCCAGAACAUCUCAGAUGCAAACGCUGACGUCUUGUGGUGAAAGUUUUUGUUUUCAGCCCUGGACGAUUUUUUUUCUUAAAACAAUAAAUGUAUUCACAGUGCAUUGUCGGAUCACUGCAGAAAAUAUAGAUUCCAAGAUUCCUUUCUGUCCUGGACGGACGCUCAGUGGAAGAGAAAAGCUCUUUGGAUUCAUUUUUCUUGGAGAGAAAAGAACUGAACUGUUUCCUGGACGAGUCGAAGCAUCGCGCUGCUGAUCUGAUUCUGAGAGUUAUUGUUGAUAAUGAUUAAAUUAUUGUAUAGUUGAUUAAUCAAUUGAUAAAGACUGAAGGAAAAUCAAUAAAUAUGACUGAUGCAGAGAUUUAACUCA